AUGAAAGCCAAAGCAGGCAACCAAAACAGGUUUUUUCGCAUCAUUACUAUUCCCAUACGUGCUUUGGGGAAAGCACGGGAUUUUUAUGUGAAGAGCAUGACAGAUUAUGCAGACAGGGUAAGUUACGGCAACGUUAUGGCGGGUCCCGGAACCGGGCAGGCGCCGACCCUGCCGAGGAGUUUCAGUGUCCACACAACGAGAUCUUACGAGAAUGGUGAUAUUAGUGAGCUCAUCAGAGCUUCUUCUACAAGGAGUAGUGGCGGUAGGGUUGGUCUCGAUUCGUAUAUGCAAAAACAGAUGCAAAUGAAGCCACCAUCUUCUGGGAGCAUGGGAUCGAGGGCUAUGCCGAGAAGUAGAACUGUUGUUAUGGGUAGAAUUGAUGAAGACAGGCCUAGUAUUUAUUUUGGUGAAAAUAAUGUUAAUAAGGUCGAGUUAAUGUAUCCCAGGAGCAGAAGUCAUGCUGUCCCAAGACAAACUGUUUAUUAG